AUCCAUUAAUCUAAGAAUAUUCAAGAGAAAUAUAAGACAAAAGACUGAAAAGGUGAUGGUAUUUAUCAAAUAGGGUGAUGGCAUUCUUGUAGGUUUUUUUUAUCAAUUCUUUAACCUACCCAACAUAUGUGCAUGAUUAAUCCUUGCAAGUUGCAACUAUCAUACCAACUAAGGUUUGGGUUUAUUCAAGUUUUUAGCACACACAAGAUUGGGCCUUGGUUGAGUAUUUGCACCGCAGAGACAGAGAGGAAAAAGAAACGCAAACAACGAUGGCUGUGAAAGGAUCACCACAACGGUGGGACAUGAGAUUAGUUUUGACAAUUACUCUUCUUUUAAUCUCGGUCUCUGUUUCUGCUCUUCAACACCUAAGUCACAAAAACAUUAAUCCCACCACCGUUGAGACAACCCAAACUAGUUUUCUUGGUAAAGUCGUGAACUUUUUGUGGAGCUCAUCUGGCUCUGGAUACCAACAUACUUGGCCGGAUAUAGAAUUUGGAUGGAGAAUAAUAACGGGUACGAUAAUUGGAUUCCUGGGAUCUGCAUUUGGAACCGUGGGUGGUGUUGGUGGGGGUGGCAUCUUUGUCACUAUGCUCUCCCUUAUUAUUGGAUUUGAUGCAAAAUCAGCUACUGCAAUCUCCAAGUGUAUGAUUACGGGUGGAGCAGCAGCGACAGUUUUCUACAAUUUGAAGCAAAAACAUCCAACACUUGACAUGCCAGUGAUCGACUACGACUUGGCACUUCUUUUCCAACCAGUGCUGGUGCUUGGAAUCAGCAUUGGAGUUGCCUUCAAUGUGAUUUUUGCUGAUUGGAUGAUCACAGUCUUGCUACUAAUAAUUUUCGUAGGAAUUGCAACCAAGGCAUUCUUAAAAGGAGUUGAGACAUGGAAAAAAGAAACCAUUAUUAAGAAGGAAACUGCUAGACAAUCACAAUUUAAUGGCACUGAAAGGAGUGAGGAGGUCGCAUAUGAGCCUCUACCGGGAGGCCCAAACACAAGCAAUCAUAAUGAGCCUAAAAAAUCCAAGGAAACGACGGUGAGACUGAGACAUCACAAAGGAUCAGUUCUUGAAAAUGUUCGUUGGAAAGCACUUGGAGUUCUUUUCACUGUCUGGGUCCUUAUACUUGCCUCCGAGAUUGCAAAAAGUCACACAACAACUUGUUCAGUGGAAUACUGGAUACUUAAUCUACUACAGGUCCCUGUGGCAUUAGGAGCGACUUCAUAUCAAGCUGUGCUUCUGUACACAGGCAAGAGAGUGAUAGCAUCCAAAGGAGAUCAAAGAACACAAUGGCGAGCGCACCAGUUAGUUCUGUAUUGUUCUUGUGGCAUAUGCGCUGGUAUAGUUGGUGGCUUGCUUGGUCUUGGUGGAGGUUUUAUUUUGGGACCCCUUUUCUUGGAGCUAGGAAUCCCUCCUCAGGUGUCAAGUGCUACAGCCACUUUUGCCAUGACAUUUUCAGCAUCUAUGUCAGUGGUGGAAUAUUACCUUCUAAAACGGUUUCCUAUUCCUUAUACUCUUUACUUUGUGGCUGUAUCCACUUUUGCGGCCUUUGUUGGACAAGUUUUAGUGAGAAAGCUGGUUGCCAUACUAGGGAGAGCAUCUCUGAUCAUUUUCAUCCUCUCCGGCACCAUUUUUGUUAGUGCAAUAUCACUAGGUGGUGUGGGCAUAUCAAACAUGAUCCAAAAAAUUGCAAAUAAAGAGUACAUGGGGUUUGAAAACCUUUGUACCUACUCAGCCUAGAUAUUAGAAUUCGGAUUACAGAUUCAAUUUCAAGGACUAUAUAAUUGGCAUUUUUUUCAGUUCGAAUUGUUUUUUUAUCAAGUCAGAAUUUUAAGCAGUGUUAUGUCAAUAAUUUUAAGUGAUGAAAAUUAAUUCAGCGCUUAGUUUUUUUUUGUCAAGCAUGUCUGUAUCUUGGACAGUUUCUUAAAUAUAUAAUCAAUGAUAUCUCUCUUUGCUUCCUCCA